GGCUUCACCUGCGGGCUCAAUACAAACCAAUCAACCAGAAGCUUUAAUCCCUAAUUUAAAAGUGCACAACACUAACUCGAACUUACAACAUAAGAAGUAGAUAAUUAAAACAAGUUCAGUUCUUUGCACAGAUUGCCUAAACGCCUACCAGUCUCUCUACGUUAAAAGUACUACUAAAACCUAAAAAAAAAAAAAUAUUAUUUGUGCUCCCUCUUUCUCCUGCAUAGCUGUUGUUGUUCAAGGAAGAGAAGGAAAAUGGCAUGUAUGUCAGUCGCUGCUUGUGGCGUGAAGUUUGUAAGGAUUUCCCAAGAUCAUUCAUCAAAGCUAUUCUCCCCAAACAAACAACUUCGUUCCAACUUGGGUUCCACCAAUUUCAGUUGGGGUUGUUUCAAUCUUCGACUUCGUCCUCCUUCUUCUUGCCCUCGUUUUGAUACGUACAAAUCUUUAGCCGUUUUCAGCAGCGUUCCAGUGGAUAAUGCCGCCAACCCCAAGGAAAGGGUGGUUGUCUUGGUAAUUGGAGGAGGAGGGAGAGAGCAUGCGCUCUGUCAUGCUCUGAGGCGAUCCCCUACUUGUGAUGCUAUUUUCUGUGCACCUGGUAAUGCUGGAAUUUCUAGCUCAGGGGAUGCGACUUGCAUAUCAGACCUUGAUGUUUUAGAUAGUUCUGCUGUGAUUGCUUUCUGUCGUAAAUGGGGAGUUGGCCUGGUUGUGAUUGGACCAGAGGCUCCACUUGUUGCUGGCCUUGCUAAUGAGCUUGUCGAGGAAGGAAUUCCUACAUUUGGCCCGUCUUCAGAAGCCGCUGCUUUAGAAGGUUCGAAGAACUUCAUGAAGAGCUUAUGUGAUAAAUAUGGAAUUCCAACUGCAAAGUAUCAAGCAUUUACGGACCCAUCCGCUGCAAAAGAGUACAUCAAACAGGAAGGUGCCCCAAUUGUUGUUAAAGCGGAUGGAUUGGCUGCUGGUAAAGGAGUGAUUGUUGCCAUGACAUUGGAGCAAGCAUACGAGGCUGUGGAUUCUAUGCUCGUAGACAAUGUCUUUGGUUCUGCUGGUUCUCGAGUUGUUGUAGAGGAAUAUUUGGAAGGAGAGGAAGCAUCAUUCUUUGCUCUAGUAGAUGGUGAGCAUGCCAUACCUCUGGAAUCUGCUCAAGAUCACAAACGAGUUGGGGACGGCGAUACAGGACCAAAUACUGGUGGGAUGGGGGCAUAUUCUCCGGCUCCUGUCUUGACAAAAGAACUGCAAUCAGUGGUCAUGGAGUCUAUUAUUCUCCCUACUGUGAAGGGAAUGGCUGAAGAAGGCUGCAAGUUUGUUGGAGUUUUGUAUGCGGGGCUCAUGAUCGAGAAGAAAUCUGGUUUGCCAAAGUUAAUUGAGUACAAUGUGCGCUUCGGAGAUCCAGAAUGUCAGGUGUUGAUGGUCCGGUUAGAGUCUGAUUUAGUUGAAAUUCUUCUGGCAGCUUGUCAUGGAAAGCUAGAUGGGGUGUCUUUGGACUGGUCCCCUGGGUCAGCCAUGGUGGUUGUAAUGGCGAGUAAAGGCUAUCCUGGCAGCUACCAGAAAGGAACAAUCAUUCAUAAGCUUGAGGAAGCAGAGCAAGUUGCUCCAUCGGUCAAAGUAUUCCAUGCUGGAACUGCUUUUGAUGCUGAUGGAAAUUUCAUUGCUAUUGGGGGACGUGUACUUGGAGUCACAGCAAAAGGAGAGAAUCUUGAAGAGGCUCGAGAUAGAGCUUAUCAAGCUGUUGAACAAAUUAGUUGGCCUGGAGGUUUUUACAGACGAGAUAUUGGCUGGAGAGCAUUACCUCAAAAACAAUAUUCUUAAGGUUGAGCUCCUACAAUCAUCCGUUUCCUUGGGGCUGUAAUAACAUUUUGGAAGCAUGAUAUGGUGAUCAGCUUGGAUUUGACUAUAUCAGGGAAUUCAUUUGACAUGAUGUUUGUGAGCACUGAAGCAUGUCAUGGCUCUUUGAAGAACCAUGCAAUAUUAGAUGUAGGGAAAGGAUCCAGGAAUAGAAUAGAUAGAAAGCCCUGAACUGACAGUAGAUCUUUCUAACAAGGUGAUUCUAUAUUGCCCAAUGAAAGUUGUUGAUAAAUCUAAAACAAGAAGCUGUUGUAUCCUUAAAUCUUUUCUUCUUAUUCAUGUUGCAGUUUUAAAUGAAAUACUCUGAUUAGGGAUACAAACAAUGCUAUCGUAUUUUCUGGCUUA